AUGGCUCCCUCGUUGAGAGACCAUGCGUCGUUCGUUCGCCCUGCCACCAGGGACCGUCCCAUGACGCGGGACCAGGGAGACAACUCCCUUGUCAUCCCCAGCCGAACUUCCUCGCUUCAUUCUCGAAUCACUCAGCCCAUUCCUUCGACGUUGAAUAUGAAACCAGCUCAACAAACUCCUAAAACUCUCACCCAUGCCUACAUGGUCUGUGGCGUUGGCCGCGAGCCUUCACAAUGGGUGAAGGCUCCCCCUCCCGCUCAGGGAAAGAUUGGACAUAUGAAAGGCGCAGUUGGUCAGUUCUGGCUACCUGAGAUUUUGGGCAGCAGUCCCAGACUAGAGCAGGAUAACGAGAUUGCAAGAGCGUUGCAUUCGGCUAUGAGGGCUUGUUUCCCUCACGACGUUGAGAUCUGCACUGGCAAAAGCCAACCUCAUUGUGUACAUCAUUCUUUCGUUCUCCAGCAAGAUUCUUCUCACACUCUUUACGGUAUUGCGCUGCGUGUAUGGUCUCGAGCAGAUGAAAAACGUGCGGAGACCAUUCGCGAGCUACGUAAGAAAACGGAGCCGGAUUUCUAUGACACCCCAGAUGAAACAUACUGGAUUCCAUACUGCCUCAGUUUCUUAUCUAGAUAUCCUCUCUACGACUUACUGGGCGAUUACCUCCGUGGCAUGUGGAUCCACUGGAACAAGGCUACCAAUCUCUUCCACGCAGAAGAAGUAUCCCGCAUUCUCAGCUUCCCAGCACCACGACUCAAUGACUUGGUUCGGAUUGACAUGAAGGAUUAUGCAUUGUGCUACCAAUUUCCUUCCUCGCAAACUGGGUACCAAAAUUUUUCUAUGUGGCCUUUAUUCAAUUGUUUGUCUAUUCCAAACAUCGUUGGUGUUAUCGAAGCCGCUGUCUCGCCCACUCGGCGUAUAAUCUUCGUCAGUCAUUACCCAGCCAUGCUCACAGUAGCCGCCGAAACAAUUCGAUUCUGCGUCCGCGUCUACGAAUGGAGUGGCCUCUACUGCCCAGUUGUCCAUGCCCGCCACGCAAAGGAGCUCGUCCAAGAGCCGGGUCCAUACAUACUUGGUGUUACUGCGGAAUGCAAAACCCUGUUUACAGCUCCAUCUGAUGCACUCGUGGUCGACUUGGAUCGCAACUUUGUAUUGACUUCUAGCCCUCCAAGCAUUUUGACCGCAGGGCAGAGAACCAAAAUGAUCAACCGAUUGACUCAGUCCCUCAAUGGGGACGUCACCCAAUCCGGUGUUCCUCAGCACCUCAGAUCAGCCUACGGCGGGGGUAAAUUGAUUCCAGCUGGUCAGAUCAUUGUUAUGCGAGGUGAGGUUGAGAGCGUUCAGGAUCCAGAUUGGUGGAACCAGGAUGGUGUCAUGGCAGUAAUGGACCACGUCUGCGAAAAAUUGGGCCGGAACACCGGAGUCAAAGCACUCUUUGGAGGAUCUGUAAAAAAGCCAUUGAUGACGAAAGUGUCGAUGAGACACUUGAACGAAAUCGUUCGUGAGCGCAACCAGUACUCCAGAGAUGCAAUGGAAGCGUGGCAAGACUUCAUCAACCUCAAAGGCAGAAUGGACACGGAGCUUUCCAAAGUCACAAAGCGGAACAACUUUUUGGUCGAAGAGCUGGAGACAUGGAAACAGCAGUUCCUCAAAUUCCAAGCCUUUGCUGAACAGCUUACGAAGGAGACUUCUGAGCUUAAGGUUAAAAUCGAAUCUCACAAACGCGAGAAUCGUCGUCUUACUGGCCUCAUUGAUCAACAAAAAGACGACGCUGCCCGUCUCACUCUCCGCCUUUCCGGAACUGAGAAACAGCGUGACGAUGCUCUCGAAGCCUUGGUCCUCCAGCAAGAGAUUGCUGAGGAACUUGAGCGUGAGAGGAAACGAAACACCAAGGAGAUUAGUGCCUUGCAACAUACUAGCGAUACAUUGUUGCGUCAACGCGAUGAAGCUCAACGUGUAGUACUCCACCUUAGAAGCCUCAUCAAUGGCCAGGCCCAUCACAUGGAACACAUUGUUCGUUCGCUAGGAAGCGCUCCAGAACUCUCCGGAUUCAUUCAGGAGGGCUAUAGCGAUAUCCCAGAGGAUGAUACUGAGACAGAAUCUAUCAAUGGUCACGAUAAUACCGAAACAGGUCCAGUGAAGGGUUCUCAUCAAACGAAAUCUAGCUCGAGAUUCGCGAACCGCCUAGGUGCAGGUGACGGUGAAGAUGUUACCCCUGAAAUGGAGCAGAAUUUGCUAAACCCUAGUAAACGAUCCAAACGUUACUCUGCACUGAGCAUGUCUGAUGUCGCCGACCGUCACCUACGGGAUAAAACUGAUGCGAUCGCCCACAUAAUCCGCAACAUCAGCGAUCAGUGUGCCGCUGCUGUCGAAGGCCUCCAUCUCGCCCAAGAUGCGGAAUUCGAAGAAUCGCUCCAGACCAGCAAGGAGGGUCGGGAAGGUAGCAGCAGCCUCGCUCCCACUGAUGACGGCAACGACCAUUCCGUACGUACCGAUGGGAGUGAAGCAGGUGACAAUGACAGUAGUUACUUGAGCCCAGAUGGACGCGCCUCUAGCAUCCCACCAACUCCAGAUCUUAUCCAUAAUCGCUCGAGCACAUCGAUGUCCAUGAUGAGCAGCAGCACGAUCCCCGAACGGUCAAGCCAGCAAUACGGCCCGGGUGAUCUUCCUACUAAAAUUGUCGAAGAUGAGGAUGAACACGCUUACCAAAUGGAGGGUGCGGAUGGACAGAUCGACAACGGCACCGUGUCGAAACAACCCAGCCAACACAUCAUGAGGCCAGAUACUGGACGUAUGGUUGCAUGA